GAAUUUUUUGAUUUCAAUGAAAUAUAUGAAAUAGCCCCUUUAUCAUCAACGAGCAUUACGAUUGGAAGAACACUGUGUGCAGAUAAGGCAAUUACUCAGUCUCUCUGUGUUGCGAUAAUAUUUCUAAUCGUCGGAUCUGAUCCAGCACAACUUAAUGCUACUGCAUUACCGGAAAUAUUAUCACAUUUUCCGGACGGAAGUUCCAUUCAAACGCUACAUCAUUAUUUUCAAAAUAUUAUUACAGAAAAAUUUCAAGCCUACGAUUAUGGACAUUUCAAUAAUUACAAACAAUAUGGACAGAUAACACCCAUAAUGUAUGAUCUUAAAAAAAUUACUGCACCCUUGGCUUUAUUUUAUGGAGCUAAUGAUUUGCGUACUCCAAAAUCGAGUGUCCUCGAGACAUACAGGCACUUGCCGAAUAUUAUCGUGCUAGAAGAAAAUCCAUAUAAGUUAUUUAAUCAUAUGGAUUUUUUAUGGGCCAUCGAUGCUAAAACUCUAAUGUACGAUCGUUUAAUAGAACUACUACAAGAGUUUGAUAAUAGGUGUGAACAAUCGAUGAUAAAUUAAUCUGGUCUGUGCCAAAGAUAAUGAGACUAAUUCUGGAAAAACUGUUUUAUUGAAAAUAUUAGGGGAUACACUUAGUUUUUGCCGUAUUUUUCUUGAAAAACGUAUUUGUUUCGAUAAGAAUAUGAAUUAAUAUCUUACAAUUAGUCAAAAUAUUUUUCACUGUUUUUUAUUACUUUUUCCCAUCUUUCUGGCAAAAGUGAUUCUGCGACGAUAAAACGAGCUGUCUUUUGAAGCAAACCAUGUAUCCACCCAUUUUCCUAUUUGUUCGUAAUUGGAAAAAUGUGUAUCAGCGAGCGCGUGUUGCAUCGAUCGAAAAGGAUGGUAAUUCGAUGCAGAGAUCAAGUCUGGAGAAUAAGCUGGGUGCAGGAGAAUUUCCCAUUUGUAAAUGUUUCUUUCAUAUAUUCUGAGAUAUUCAAGGAAAAUCUUGUCUCAAAGUUUAAAAAAUUGUUUAGAGUCCCGUCAGUGGCCCGACCAACAUUCAAGCGAUGCUGGAAGGUAGAAAUUAUCGACACAU